AUGUCUGCGCUUAUGAAUCGUUUCAGACGUAAAGAUGUUGGUGAAACCAACGAAGAGUAUAUUAGGCGUCUCAACUAUGACGAGUUGGAAGAGAAAUACGAUAUCCAUAAAUAUUAUCCUCAGUAUAUUCACAACGGAGAAAUAUCCACACCACAGCUUAGAGCUAUGUUGAAGGACAAGCCAAUCUAUCACAAGGUGAAACCACAGAACAAACCGGCAGAAAAAGCUAAAGUUAACGAGAAUAGCCAAGGCAUCAGCAACGGUAUUCGUCAAGAUAAUGAUAGUGGGAAUAGUGGUCGAACUAAUGGUAGAGCUCUCACGAAUUACAGUAAUGGUCUGUUCAAAAAUGGUGGUAAAGCUCAAAAUAUCAUGAGAAAUGGUCAUGGUCAUAGUAACGUUAAUGGGUUUAGUAACAGCACUCAUGCUAAUACCACUACAGUACAUAAACUGGACCAAGGACGUACUGCAUCAUCUACUCACAAAGGUCUUAAUGGCGGUGAAGAACUUGGGGGAUAUGCUGAAAGAUGUGGAUCUAUCAACAAUCCUACAGCUACAGCUACAUCUAUGGGAACUACAUUGUCUGGUGUGACGAUUAACGCUCCUAUUACCAUUCCAAAUGGGAAUAGUGGUAACGGGUCGAAGUUUGGAAAUCUAUUCCGCAACCCAUUCAAGGAUCUGUUAGGAACAGCACGGUCUUUUGAUCAGAGUAAAUCAGAAAUGACCUUAAGAAGGAAACUGGAGUUGAAAGAAGAUUCAGACAAAUUACGUAGAAACAGUGCUAUUACCAAUAAAGUCAAAGGUAAUCAAGUUCAGGCACCACCAGGUACCAGAGUUGGCACGAAGAUGAUUCGCAUUCGAGGAAACAGUGCUUCAUCCCAUAAGAAUGAUUUGGGCUAUGGCUUAGCAGCUGCUCAAGGAAAAGUCGAAAUGGGUAAGAAUAACGCUAAACAUUCUAUUGAUGUUGUAUUUUCUUAA